UAUAUGAGAGAGCUAGUAAAGCGAAUAAUCUCAGAUAAAAUAUCGAAACUAAAGUUCUGUGUGUAUUUCCGUACAUCCCACAUGAUGAAAUUCAAUUUUUUUUUAAAUUCAUUUUAUCGGCAUUGACAGUGACGAUCAGACGGAGAUUAAAGUUGUGUACGAAUUUUUGGUAGUUUUGUUGUUAUCUAAAUAGACACAAAAUGAUCCACCAUAGACUGUUCAUACUUCUAUUUGCGGUUGCUUUAUAUGAAUGUGAUUCUGCAAACAUACUGAUACUUGAGGAACUACCAUCUCCAAGCCAUCAUUUAUGGUUUCGAUCUGUUACUUUGGAGCUGAUUAACAGAAAUCACAAUGUGACGGUUGUAUCAUCCGAACUCGACACGAUCAAAUUACAAAAUUUACAUCAAAUACACAUGGAACGUGUGUACACCACUGUCUUUAGCUCUAUGAACUCAACAUUCAAUUUAAUUGAAAUGGGUGCGCAGCCACCGUUUCUGCAAAUUAUUGGAAACGUUAUCUAUGCGACCAAGGCGUGUGAAGGGUUUACGAUUUCGAAAGGAUGGCAACAGCUACAAAACUAUCCGGAUAAUUUUGAGUUUCAUUUAGUUAUCCACGACUUUCCAGCCAGUUCUUGUCUUCUAGCAUUUUUAUCUAAGUUCAACUAUCCACCCAUGAUCGGGAUGACAGCAUUUAGUGACUUCUCGGUUGUUGCUUCUACGAUACGAUCAGCAUUGAUUCCUUCCACGUCCACGCAUUUCUUGUUCAAAGAGGACAUGACCUCAACGUUUUACGGACGACUUCAAAAUUUCGUUCUUAAUGCCGUUGUGCGUCUCGUUCAGAACGUGUACGUCGACUCCGUUAUGGAUGAAAUGGUGAACACAGCUGUUAAUGGAAGCUAUGAAGUUUUACCAGUUAAACAACUUCGGCAGAGGGCAACAUUAGCUUUGAUCAAUUAUAAUGAGCAUAUUGAUGGAGUGGAACAACUACCACCCAAUGUUGUCGGUGUGGGUGGAUUGCAGAUUCAGGAACCGAAGAUGCUGUCGAUGGAUUUCGCCAAUAUAGCCAGCAAUGCAACAAACGGCCUAGUGCUAUUUUCAUUGGGUACGAAUGUUAAAAGCGAAAUGCUGGGUGACAAUACCAUUGUCCAAAUACUAAAUGCAUUCGAAAGACUGCCAGAAUACUCGUUCGUGUGGAAGAUUGAUUUGAUCAACAGUACAAUUCGUAUACCGCACAACGUUCACAUACGGAAGUGGAUACCACAAAAUGAUUUAUUAGGCCAUGAAAAUACAAAACUCUUCAUCACACACGGUGGAUUGUUAAGCACCCAAGAGGCAAUAUACAACAGUGUACCGAUCUUAGGCAUUCCGAUCAUGGUUGAUCAGUUUAUGAAUGUCGACCGUUGUGUGGAAAAAGGUAUUGGUGGCCGCAUUCAUGUGCACUCAAUAACGUCGAACAACCUGUUUGACAAGCUGACCGAAAUGCUAUCGAAUCCGAUGUACAAAGAAAAUAUCCGAACAAUGUCACAGCGCUUCAAAGACCAGAAGGAACGGCCAUUAGAUAGAGCUGUUUGGUGGAUCGAAUGGGCGCUACGGAAUCCUAAUGCGGCUCUGUUGAAUCGCAGUAAAAAUCUGAAUUUCUUUCAAAUACAAUCGAUUGAUGUUAUUGGUGUGCUGACAGUUGUCGCUUUGAUCAUAUUGUGGAUUGUGGUGAUUUUGUUAAGGAAAAUUUUGAUUUGCAUUUUCCGUCGAUCGAAGACUGUGAAUAAAGGUAAAAUUGACUGA